CUUGGCUCUCGAUCUUCUCUGUAAAACCUUUUGAUUCCCUCCACGUCUCCUCCCAAGUUCUACCCGGCCGAUUCACUCACCUUUUCUAAGAUGUCGAGCUCUCAGUGCUUUGAAAACCCACCGAGCCUCAGCUCAACCUGCGGCGCAGGGGCCGUCCAAGAGCUCGGAGGCCUUCAAACCUACGUCACUGGCCCUCCACACUCCAAGCUCGCCAUCCUUCUUAUUUCCGAUGUUUUUGGGUAUGAAGCACCGAAUUUAAGGAAACUUGCGGACAAAGUUGCAGCCGCCGGAUUUUUGGUGGUAGUUCCUGAUUUUUUCUUUGGCGACCCCAUUAUUAAGUUAGAUGAUCCUCACUUUGAUCGAGAUUCAUGGAAAAAAGCUCACAACACGGAUAAAGGAUGUGAAGAUGCCAAACUUGUGAUUGCGGCUCUGAAGAGUAAAGGUGUUUCUGCCAUAGGGGCUGCAGGUUUUUGCUGGGGAGGGGUGGUAGUAGUGAAAUUAGCAAGUUCAACUGACAUGAUUCAGGCUGCAGUUGUGUUGCAUCCUGGUCGGAUCACAGAAGAGGAAAUCGAUGAUGUUAAGGUUCCUAUUGCUAUAUUGGGAGCUGAGAUUGACCAUGCUUCCCCACCGGAACAGUUGAAAAAGUUUGGAGAUAAGUUGUCUGUAAAAUCUGAGUUGGAUAGCUUUGUGAAAAUAUUUCCUGGCGUGGCUCAUGGAUGGGCAGUGAGGUACAAUGUUGAGGAUGAAUCGGCUGUGAAGAGUGCUGAAGAGGCCCAUCUGGACACGUUAAAUUGGUUUACCAAAUAUGUCAAGUAGUGAAAAAUUGCUUGAAACUAGAAGACAGCUAUGAGGUUGUUACUUACCAAACAUGGGAGUGAUGGAUGAGAAGAAGAGUCCCACCAGCAAUUAACAAGUAGCCGUGAUAGGAGUUAUUAUAAGAGUUUAUCUAUUAGAUCGAGUUUGUUAGUAGAGAAUAAAGGAUAUUGUGUAUCCUUAAGUGUUAGUAUAUUAUUAGGAGUCAGUAAGAGUUAUCAAUUUACCCUUGUUAUAGGUAUUUUUGUAGUCAUCAUCAAUUAUGUUUAUCCUUUGGUAUUGUAAGGCCAUAUAUAGCAUGUUGCUUGAUUAAUAAAGUAAUAAGAGAAGUUAAUUAUUAACUCUAGUAGUUGUUUUAGGAGGUAUAAGGUUCCUCGAACUAUCUUAGUUUAUCUGAUACGUGUUUAAGAAAUUAGGCACGUAAUAGAGGUCUGGAUUCAGGAACACGAUUAUAGGGCGAUGUAACUCUAGUGUAUUGUAUGCAGAAAACAGCCUCCUUGUUCCAUAAAUUUGGUGAUUAUCACAUAAAUGCAUAAUCAUGGCUGAA